CUUGAAGGACGAGAAAACCGUCGACCUUGUGGCAGACAUUAUGUCUUGUGUGGGAAGAAUCAAGCGAGAAUUUCGGCUUAAGCAGUUUUUGCCGAGUCACAACAAUCCCCUAGACUUUACGAGGACCCCGUGGCUGAGCAACCAACUGCCCUUCCUCAUCUACCGUGUGGUAAUAUGCCUGUUCCAGAUAUCAGCGUACCUCUACACCUUGCUGUCAUUUUACACCACCGGCCCGAAAUAUCUGUUAUACAUGACGAACUUGGCCUACAUAGUCCUGACAGCUCACGCAACACUGAGUGCAAUACUCUGUUUGGUCGACUACUUCGGGUCGCGACGACGUCGUUCCGAAGGCGGCCCGGAAAUUGCCGAAGACCGGCCGACGGUUGCCGAUGCCAUGCCGAUGGCAAUUACCACGACGAGCAAUCGCUCAUAUGGAACGAACGCGCCGCAACACCCGACAUCUUCAGAUGUUCGCCUUCCCUGGUACUACAAGUGCUACUGGAUCUUAUACAACGUAGCAUUCGCUGUUGGUCUCUACGUUACCGCAGCAUUCUGGACACUGCUAAGGGGUGCUAGAGAUGCGUAUAGCGCUUCCAGUAUCCUGACCCAUGGAACCAACUGCGUUGUCAUAGUGAUAGACAUUCUAAUCAGUGGUCUACCGUGCCGGUUCCUCCAUUUUAUCUACCCGUCAUGCUUUGCGCUGGUUUACAUUCUUUUCACGGCCAUAUAUUGGGCUGCCGGCGGCACAGAUAUUCGCAAUCGGCCUUGGAUUUACCCGGUACUUGAUUAUGGAGGAAAUCCAGGCCUAGCGGUUGGAGCUGCCGUGGGAAGUGUUCUUUUGGCGGCGCCUCUGUGCCAUGGAAUCGUGUUCGGUCUCGCGUUUGCUCGCGAUACUAUGCUAAUGAGGUUGGUGAAUAAGCGACACCUGCCGAACGGCGAAGGCAUUGCAUUGGAACCUCAGGCAGACCAGCGGGUCUAAAGUUUUCUAAUGUUGUGUCGGAAAAGAUAUCGUCUGCAACGGUUAAAGAUGACGCCCUUACCAAGUUGUUGGAAUUUUUAGUAAUAGAUGUCAUUUUAAUAAUAUCUUUUAGUUGUAUGCACAUCAGUAUAUUACAUAAUAAUCACUUUGUAUGUUGUUCAACAUCUAUUAUUAAUAUACAUGAUAUGUCACCUAGUUGACAUUAUGUGUUAUUUGUAAUUAGUAAGAUCUUUUUCGAUUGGUAGGUAUAAUAAGUUAAAUCAUGAUUAAAUGUCAUCUAGCAUUUACAAGUUUUAUAAUUAAGUUACAUGUAAGAUAAUUAAGUGAUAUAUUAUAGAAUCAUUUAUGUUUUCUGUAUAAUUCACAUACUUAAUUUAGAAAAGUCCUGGUGCAUUUUAUGUCGACCAUUGUAAGCCUUUAUAUAAAUAUAUCUUUCAGUCUACGGGCAAGUGCAAAAUCGAAAAAAGCGCUUUUGAAUCACUAGUUUCCUACGAUUCUCUUUAGUAAAGUGACUUAUAAAGGUUUAGUUGUGCGAAUCUCCUUCUGACUUUAAAUGUCUAAAAACGCUUGCGCUACGAUUCGCUUCUCAAGACGCAAAUAGAACACCAAGAUGGCGGCGGCGGACGCGCCGAUGACGUUGCGAUGACGUCACACCCUACAUGACGUCGUCUGCCGCGUCAUCCGGACCCUCCGAGUCCAAGUGUCCCUCGUCCUGCUCGUCCCCAGAACCUUCGGACACUGGACAAUGAAAUAAAAAAAAUAACACCAAAAAUGUCACUUUUGCCAAUAGUACCUUUAC